CGCGCACAGCCGCAGACACGGGCGGCCGCGCCGGCAGCCGGCGGCUCGCAUGCAGCCGGGGAUUACGGCGGGGCGAGGGCAGCGAGGGCUCCGCUCUUAUCCCCCCCCUCGGCCCCCCCCUCCGCCCGACACCCCGGCCGCUCGCCGCGCCGCUGCUCCGGCGGUUUUCGUCUCCGGGGGUAGGAGGGAGAUGCCUUUGCCGUGGUUUUUCCAGCCCCAGCCCUCUCCGUGCCGGGGGGGGCGGUGAUGUGGAGCUGGGAAUGUAGAGGAAAACCCUCCCCGGGAAGGAGCGACCAAAACAAAUCCCUCGCCGUGGCUUUGGCGGCCGCGCAGUGCCCGGGGAAGCCCGAGCAGCCCCUGCCAGCGCUGGGGAAUCCCUCCUGCAGCCCCCGGCGGCGCCCCGGGCGCCCGCGGAGCAAGCUUCAGGAAUGGAUCUGUCUGUCUGAAGAGGAUUCUUCCCAAAUACUCGUAGUCUCCAAGCUCGUUUUCCAACAGACUCUGGUGUUACAACUUCAUCUUUUUCAGAAUGGCUGAGAAAGCUCCACCAGGGAUCACCAAGAAGUCUUCAAGGUCCACCCUCUCCCUCCCUCCAGAGCCAGUGGAGAUCAUCAGGAGCAAAGCCUGCUCGCGGAGAGUCAAAAUAAAUGUUGGUGGACUCAACCACGAAGUGCUGUGGAGGACUUUGGACAGACUUCCAAGGACACGACUAGGAAAGCUCAGAGACUGCAAUACCCAUGAAUCUCUGCUAGAAGUAUGUGAUGACUAUAACCUGAAUGAAAAUGAGUAUUUUUUCGAUCGACACCCAGGGGCUUUCACUUCCAUUUUGAAUUUCUACAGGACAGGGAAACUACAUAUGAUGGAAGAAAUGUGUGCUCUCUCUUUUGGCCAGGAGCUUGAUUACUGGGGGAUUGAUGAAAUAUAUUUAGAAUCUUGCUGCCAGGCAAGAUACCAUCAAAAGAAAGAGCAAAUGAAUGAGGAACUGAGGAGAGAGGCAGAGACACUGCGAGAGAGAGAAGGGGAAGAGUUUGAUAAUACCUGCUGCCCAGAGAAAAGGAAGAAGCUUUGGGACUUGUUGGAGAAACCCAACUCAUCUGUUGCAGCAAAGAUUUUGGCCAUUGUGUCCAUUCUAUUCAUCGUCCUGUCCACUAUUGCUUUGUCUCUUAACACACUGCCAGAACUUCAAGAAAUAGAUGAAUUUGGGCAGCCAAAUGACAACCCUCAGCUAGCACAUGUCGAAGCUGUGUGUAUUGCUUGGUUUACCAUGGAGUAUCUUCUGCGUUUUCUGUCCUCACCAAACAAGUGGAAGUUCUUCAAAGGCCCAUUAAAUGUCAUUGACUUACUGGCUAUCUUGCCAUACUAUGUCACCAUUUUCCUCACAGAGUCCAAUAAAAGUGUCCUGCAGUUCCAAAACGUCAGACGCGUGGUUCAGAUAUUUCGGAUUAUGAGGAUCCUAAGGAUUCUUAAGCUCGCCAGACAUUCAACAGGCCUUCAGUCAUUAGGCUUUACACUCAGGAGGAGUUACAAUGAAUUGGGCUUGCUGAUACUAUUUUUAGCCAUGGGAAUAAUGAUAUUUUCAAGUCUUGUAUUCUUUGCUGAAAAGGAUGAGGAUGCUACAAAAUUCACAAGUAUUCCUGCGUCAUUCUGGUGGGCAACAAUCACUAUGACAACUGUAGGAUAUGGUGACAUCUAUCCUAAGACCUUAUUAGGUAAAAUAGUUGGAGGACUUUGCUGUAUUGCUGGAGUGCUAGUCAUAGCCCUGCCCAUACCAAUUAUUGUGAACAAUUUCUCAGAGUUUUAUAAGGAGCAGAAAAGACAGGAGAAGGCAAUUAAGAGGAGAGAAGCACUUGAGCGAGCUAAAAGAAAUGGCAGUAUUGUCUCCAUGAAUCUGAAAGAUGCCUUUGCUCGCAGUAUGGAAAUGAUAGAUGUAGCAGUAGAUUCAGGAAAGCUUGGAGAAGCACUCAGUCCAAAGGAGACACCUGAUGACAGCCACCUGUCCCCAAGCCGGUGGAAAUGGGCCAGAAGGACAGUGUCUGAGACAAGCUCAAACAAAUCUUAUGAAAACAAGUACCAAGAAGUUAGUCAGCGAGACUCCCAUGAGCAAUUAAACAAUGCUGCAGCAUCCUCCAGCCCACAACACCUCAGUGCCCAAAAACUGGAGAUGCUGUACAAUGAAAUUACUAAAACUCAGUCUCAGCCUAAUCUUAAUGCAGGUUACCAAGACCAGUCAGCAAAGCCACCCAGGUAUGAGGAAGAAAUAGAGAUGGAAGAAGUUAUAGGUCACAGAGAUCCAUUGCCAGCUGGGCCUGCAGACAUCGUGAUGGACAUGAGGAGCACGUCCAGCAUCGACAGUUUUGCCAGUUGUGCAACUGACUUCACAGAAACAGAGAGGUCUCCCCUCUCUCUGUUUCCUGGCUCUCACUUGCAAAUGAGAUUUCCAACUGAUGCUGUUAACCUGGAAGAAAACCAAAGAGCAAGAAGUUCUCAGUUUAUACCAUUUGCAAAAGAUAGAGGAUUUUCUCCAACUGAUGUCACCUUUGACUAUAAUCCAAUCAACAGAGCUGUUAUCAGUGAUGGCAGUGGAUCCCAAACUGUUUCACAUGGUCAUUUUCAUUUUGACACCGCCAUGGAAAGCCCCAAAAGCUCCCUGAAAGGUAGCAACCCAUUAAAAUCCAGAUCCCUCAAAGUUAAUUUUAAAGACAAUAGAGGUGGCGCUCCACAAACUCCACCAAGCACUGCCAGGCCACUGCCAGUGACAGCAGGAGCAGACUUCACACAGGCCACCCCUCAGCACAUCAGCACCAUUCUCCUGGAAGAAAAUUCGCCCCAAGGUGAACGGCCUGUGCUUGGUGCUGAUGCGUCUGCACUUGGUCAGGGACCUGCUAAAAAAUCAUCCCCUCUCUUUCCCAAACAAAAACUUUUCACUCUCCCUUCAAAAGAGAGGAGGAGCUUCACUGAAAUAGACACUGGAGAAGAAGAAGAAUUUAUGGAGUUACAUGGUGUGAAACAUGAGAAAAAACAGGAUAUCAAGACAAAUUGCUGUGGGGAUAAACACAGUGAUGGCAACAAUUUAACAGGGGAACCACAGAUCACCUCUUCACCCAAAAGCAUGAGCCACAACUGUACUCAAGACAUUUACCAUGCUGUGGGUGAGGUAAAGCCAGACAGUAACCAAGAGGGUCACAAAAUGGAAAACCAUUUAUUUGCUCCGGAAAUUCAUUCAAGUCCAGGAGAAACUGCUUAUUGUCCUACACGUGAAACUAGCAUGUGACUAGUUACAGAAGCAAUAAAAAUAUCUUUUCUUAAAACAGUUAGUAAUGCCUAUGAACUAAAACAUGGAAAGCCUCAACAAAAGUGCAUAAAAUGUUAUUUUUGCAUGGCAUGAAGAGUUGUUUAGUUUAAAUACUGUUUAAUUUUCAAAAAGACUGCUUUUGUAACAAACUGAAAAAAACAGGGAAAAAAUUACACAAGAAUGGUGAAUACAAUAAAGAGAGCUUUAUUAGGAGCUAGUGGUCUGCAACAUCUGACAUUUUUGAUCCUUUCGCUUAUGAUUGUAGACAGGUUUUGAACUCUGUUAACUUUUCUUUUUCCUCGGUUACAAUGAAUUUUAGAAUUUGCACAUGAAAGGAUGAAAUGUCAAUGCAUGCAUUCAUAAGGAUGUGAAAAAAGGUGCUUUGAGCUUGCAAAAUGCAUAUAUUUGUAAAUAGUUUGGGGUUGGGGGGAAAGCUACUGUUAACAAGGAUUUAUGGAAAAAGCAUUUCCUGGGACACAGGUACUUCCUUCACAGCGUGCUGCCUGGAGGUUUUGUACAGACUUAUGUUGCAAAAUUGCAACUUCUACUUAAAGCAUCUCACGUAUCUUGCUUUCUGUUAAAAAGCUCAUGAGUAUAUCUGUUAAUUAAGGCCUACAGUAUUUUAGUUUAUCUGUGCUAUAAAUCAUGAUGGUUUUUUUUUACUUGCAGAACUUCAGUUAUUGCAUUUGUCAGUUUAAUUAAUGAUCCUAUGAGGAAAAGCAAAGAUUUAAUGACCAGAACUUGAAGCAUUUGAUAUUUUUAUAGAAAGUUGCCAACAUUUCAUAACUGAGGAAAAAAAAAUUCCACUUCAAAAUUUAAAAAUCAUAGUUAUUUCUGUGGCAAUAAAUAGUGCCAAAUGGCUAUUCAGAUAUACCCAAAAUAAUCUGAUAGAUUAUACCUUGGUAUUAAAAAAAUAUAUUUCCCACACUCUUAGUCUUCCUUUAAUUUAACACAAAUUGCUUUUACAUGAUCUUUGAUCUCUUACCUUUUGUUCUCCAUGCCGUGCUCAUACUUCAGUAAUGGCAAUGUUGUUGAAGCUGUUAAGGACAUAAGAGACAAGGCUUCCAGGGUAAAGUGGUACCUUUUGUUACCAUAAAUCAUAUAGCUGGAGAAAAAAAGGCCUCACAUACAUGUGAUUUGCCUCAGGUCUUCCAUACCCCAAAGCUGGUUUGUGUUAUUCAGUUCAAUCAUUUGGACUGACAGAAGAUAUCACUUGACUCACCAACUUUGCCUCAACCCAUCCUUCCAUAGCUGUUCUGAAAUGGAGUACAGGAUUUCCACUGUACUUAAAUAAAGGAAAAUGUCAGUCAUUCCACUGACAACUGCCAAAGCAUCUUUCAUUUCUCUGAUUUCUCCAGCUUUGUAAAAGAAAGAUGCUGAACCAAAGCCUUCAUUACAAAGUACCCUUCUACCCACUGUCUCGAAACAGCUGCUUUUUAUUUUUCCAGAAUCCAUUGCUUCCUAUGAUAUAAAAUAUUUUUUAAAAGAUUGUAGAUUGCUUUAAUUCCCUAAAUCAUAAAAUAGUUUAUUCAGAUCAUGAAUUCUAAUAAUAAGCAAAUGUAUGCAGUUACACAAACAUGUCCUAAAAAGUCUAAAAUGAUUUUGUUUUUGUUUUUGUGGGGGGAUUUUGUUUGGGUUUUUUUAUUGUUGUUGUUGGUUUGUGGUUUUUUUUGUAAGACAUAAAAUUACUUUAGACCAAUCCAUGCAUGUUUGGAGCAGCAGGCUUCUACUUACCAUAGUGGAGUUAGGUUAAUUUUCACUUGUCUUUUUCUGUCAUUUGAAUAUGUCACAACCAGGCACCCAAUGCAUUUAGUGUAAAGGAACAAGCACUUUUUUUACAACAUGGUCCUUUGCUUGAAAUGGCUGGGCUGAUGCCACAGACCUCACUCAAACCUGGCACACAGAAAAGAGCAAGUUAGAACAGCCCCAAAAUAUUGCUCCUGAUGGCUGGGCCAAACAAUGAGGACAGCACAAUCAUUUAGGUGUUUUUUUAAAAAAGUUUUCCAUAUUUCCAUCAGUUUUCCUAUUUCUGUAACAAGAUAAUAUUGAGGUGUCUCUUCAGUGACUUGAAUAACCAAGAAUAUAAUGUCUUUUUUUUUUUUUUUUCAAACAAUGUCUGGUCAUUAAUUCUCAAAAUAAAAAUGACUUUUUUUGUCUUUAAUUACAGUUCAUUUAAACUUGUUGCUGCAUUCAGUUUUAUGUAUUUAUAUUGUAUUCUGCAUAACACUUUUUAAUCAUAUUGUGUCUCACUGUCCCCAAACUUUAAUAUUUUAUAGUAACUAAUCUUCUAUAUUUAGUUUUUAGUUUCUAGAUAUUUUCAGUGACUAAAACUAAAUGCCAGUCAAUUUUUAUAUGCCUGAAGUGUUAGUUUGUAUUUUCUAUGUGCAGUUUUAUGAAAUCACAUGGGCCUGUUCAAUCUGCCUUUAUGUCUUAGUGAACUAUUGAAGUCCAAAUUAAGACCAAAUGGGAUUUGGUCCCACACUCUGGAUCCAGAGAAAAUUCCCAUUCAAGUCAAUGAUGUUGGUCUGGCAAGACUGAGGUCUGUGUCACGUUCCUUCUGUGUGCUUUUUCUCCCAGGUCGCCCUUAUGCUUUGGAAAAUGUAUGGCACUUGAUGGAAAGGGAGGAGCCCAGCCAUAGGGAAUGCAUUGCAGGGACAGAGUUCUAAUUCAUUAAGGUCUCCUGAGCUAGACUUCAUGCAAGCCUGAUUCUGGCCUAUUAAAAUCACUAAAAAUUUGAAAGGAGUAAAGUCAAGGCCUCAAUCUUUUCACAAAUGAAUUUCCCCUGAAACCAGUGGGAGUCUGGUGGAAAAAGGGACUGACUGAAAUAUAAAUGAGAAGAACGAUAGUCUCUCCCUCUAGAUGAAAAUCAACAGGAGCUUGAACUAUGUAAAUCAGCUGAAAGACCAGGCCCUUAUUUGCUGCUGUAUUUUAAAUGUUUUCAGAAAAGCACAUUUAUUUUGAAAGCAAAAGAAAUGCAAUUCACUUUAUUAACAGAUGCUUUAUUUUUUUUAAAUACUGGAAGCAAAAUUAUUAAGCUUUAGAAGUGCUUUUGGUAUGGUUUUCUUGUCUACUUUUGACUAUGGUGAAAACUAUUUCCAGGAGCACAGGUUUAGACAUGUGGUUUUUCCAGUCUUGACUGCAUAUGCAGGAUCCACUUCUGAAUACAUAACUUGCAUAAUUCUUGAUUAAAACAUCUACUUGAGCAGUUCCAGGACUGGACCUAGCUUUCUAUCCAGUACAGCAGGUGUCAGAAGUGCAGGCCGGGAUCACUUUGUUCAUCAUGAGUUGAUAAGCAGCAAAUUAUGCAAAAUUACACAAGUAUAUUUUUCUGGUUUUCUAAAACUUUGAAGCCAUUUGGGAUUUAUUACCUGUUCACCACAGUAAGGGGAGAAUGUGUUUAAGUUCUGGGGUCAGUCUCUAAUGCCAGCUGUGCAAUUUCAAAACAACUUAAGGAGUCUUAGGAAGAAGUGGCUCCUUUGUGCACCUGAAAGAGGUCUGACUCCUUGCAUCACUGGAAAAUGAAGAAUGUUUGAGAGCUAGCUUUGCAAUUGAUCUAUUUUUUAUAUUUUUUUACCAACUGCAGAAUCCUGAAUCAAAGUUUUAAUUCCUUUUCAAUGACGAAACCAAAUGCAUGUAUUUAAGAAAGGUUCACGGAGCAAUUAGAGGAGAUUUUGAGUAUUAGUCACAUUAAUCCAAAUCUGGGUGGAGGUGGGGGGGAAUAAUAUAUCGCACAAACUGCAAAGGAAGUUCCUACAGGAAAGCUGUUUACAGGGGAAGUAUGUAAUGUAAAGAAUGUAACUUGGAGUAGGAAGUUUUUGCACUACCGAAUUUAUAUAAAAUACACUUUUUUAAAUGAAAACACAAAAGGCCUUUUAAUGCUACAUCAUAUAGAAUAUAGAAGCCUCUGUGCUAAUGCAGCAAUCUAAUGCACUGUGUCCUCACUUCACAAUUGGUCUCAAAAUUCAAACAUUAGUGAUGUUAGAGAGGUGAUAUCUGAUCUAACACUAGAGCAAUGGACAUGAAGAGCCUUUUAGCACACUAUUAUGUAACCUAAAAUGUGUACAGACAGUUGUAUUUUCGUCUAUACCAUUCAUAAAACAAAAUAAGAAUUGGCUUCAUAGGUUUUAUAACAGGUAAUAACAAUUGGUUUCCUAACAGGUAAUACUGGGCAAUGUAUUUGUAUUCCUUGAAAAACAAUGAGUUCCUUUAAAAGUAGACUUCUUCCCCUACAUGUUGGCUGAGCUUCUGUUUCCUUCAAGGUUCACCUUCAAGUUAUUUAAUUAACUGCUUCAACCUCAGCUCUAAACUGCAGUCCAGUAAAAAAGACAAUUGACUUCUUGAAGCUCUAUUGCAGAUACAGUCAGAGUGGUAAAAAUGUCCAAGGUUUAACUGAUUGGCUUUUUGAUUCAAAUAAUUUUAGAAUAACUUGGAUAGAAAAUAUAUAUUUUGAUCAUUCAAAUACAUAUCAGAAGCAAAAUAAUGCAACAAAUAUCCUUCUUUUUUUUUUCUAAGUAGCCAGCACAGAUCAAGCAAGAAAUGCACAUACAACAAAGGGGGAAAGAAGGGCAGAAAACUGUAAGUAAACAAGCCCUGUUUCAGUGUACUAUAUAAAAAGAGACAUAAUAAAACAUAUUUAAAAGAAUCCUUGUUCACAUUAAAUGAGGUGAAAAUGCCAGUAGCAAAAGAUUUAAUUCCACUACUUCUCCAUUGUAAAUUUUAACAAUGCAAUUACCCACUGACCUGCCACAUGAAUGUCUGAUCUGUAAUAAUUUUUCAGAAGACUUUCCUGAAAAAUAAGAUACCACAUGUUGGUGUCUUUAUUGAUCCUUGGAUCUCUUCCCAUUUCUCUCCCAAUAUCAACCUUUUCUUCUUGGGAGCAGUCAGAAGGCCACUCACCCAACAAGAUGGUAGGAGUGUCUUGUUUGUCAGGAAAGUGUUUUGGUAGUGUGGUGCAAAUGGACAAAUGCUGCAUUUGAACCAAGGAACAGGAACUGAGUGUCACUUCUCCUUGUUUCUAGUUGUAAAGUGCUCUGAAUUCUCCAGUGUCCCUACAGUGCACCCAUCCUUCAUGCAAGAGCUUCCAGUGUUCUUGCAAGAGUGUUUUUAAAAGCAGUUGACUGGUAAAUGCUAUUAGGAGAGCCAUCAGUCUAAGUGUGAAUAUUUGUCUUUUGUCCAGCCUGGUUUUAUUAGUGGUACUCAGCUUUAACUCCAGCUGAAAUUCUUUCUGAAACAGAUCAGGUGUUCUGGGAGCCAAACUUUUCACAGGUCCUCUGUUAGUUUCCUUCACAAAGGAAGGUUAGGUAACUGGCAGGCAAAAAUGAAAGAAAAAAUUCUGUUUGCAUUGUGUGAUGGUUUCUUGUUCAGUGAUCACACACCAUGGGACACCUGCAAGUGGAGUAAUAUACUUGUCUUUGUAUUUAUUUUGUUCCAGGUUUAAACAGUAUUUUUUUUAAUACUGAGUAAUGAUAUUUAGGAAGUAUUACCCUUUAGUACAAUGGAGACUUCCACCAAAACAGCAGUGAUGCUUUAUAAUCCUAUAUUAUUAUUGAUUGAUAUUUAGCUUUCCUUUAUGACACCUAACACAGAUCCUGAUGUGGAACAUCACUGUGGAACAAGGAAGUAGCAUACAAAUAUUACUGCUCUUUUUACAAAAGUAGCUAAAAAACAUGGUAUUAGCUAACAUUUAAUCCAAAAAAGAUCAUUAUCCUAAUUAUACCUAUUAACUAAACAGUAUGGUGACCUGUCAUUACCCGAGACAUUGACUGUAAUCCUGUGAUUAAUAUAAAUCACAAGUCUAGGAGUAGUCUAUGUAAUUAAUUUCAUUAGGGUAAUUUUUUAACUCAAAUAACUAUUUAAAUACAUCUUUAGCAUCAGCAGGAAUAAUGUGCAGAAAAUCAGGAGAUAUGAAUCUCUCAGCUACCCCCACUUCUCAUGCUUUGGUUCACUCAACCGAGCAAUCCUGCACCAUGCAAACUGGACUACUCUUAGGUGAAGCUGAACCACAAAACUUCUUCCAUGAGGGCACCAGCUAUGCUGCAGGCAGGAAAAAGCAUUGAGGCCCUGGUACCAAGAUGAGAGCUAGUCCAAAAUUUGUACCCUGAUAGUGUAAAGUGCCAGCACAAUCUGCUGUCCUCAACAAAUCUGCUACUGUGCAACUUGCUAAUGUAGACCUAGAUCUCUGCCAUGGCUACUGUCUUCAGCCCAUGUAGCUCUUGGCUAAAUCACUUAUUCAAGCAAAUUUUGCCAUUUUCAUCAGUGGUAUUGCAUAAAAAAAAGCAAAAUGUAGCCAAAGAUUAAAUUGCUCCCAGUGUGUUUCCCCAAGUUAACCCACAUAAAAACACUUCAAUAAAUUCCCGAUAACCUUUGGAGAGUUGUGUUUUGUAAUUUGGGCCAAACUCUAUAUACUGCAUAUUUCUAUAGUCACUUUACUCUAAAGUUGGUGUUACAUUAGAUGAAGACAGUACAGAUAGCACUAGACUUACUCCAGAAUCAGUGGAAUGAUUAAACUGAUUGCAAGUAGCUUCAUUUCACUUAACAGUAACCCUUACUUUAUACUGGUAUGAAUAAAAGCAAAUUUCUGUGCAUUGAUGGAGGAUCAGAAGCCCAGCUGGAGUACUAUGUGCUGAUUUGCCCUGUCUAGAUAUCUUCCUAUUUGGAACACCAGCUGAAAUUUAUUUAAAUUGAGGAACUGGCAGGGUUCUGAUUGUGUGCUUUGUUGCUCUGAUGUCUGGGACAGACCUUGUACAGUAAUGCAAGGAACAAAAAGCCCAUUCCUUAUCUUUUUAACCAUUUCAAGAUGGAGGACAUAAGUCUUGUAGUGAUACUUUUGCUCUAAGUUUUACUCAGAUAGCAUCUCUCUGUGAAGGAUCAGAAUACAAAACAUUUAUGCCUGUUCUUGAAGUCCUUAAGCAGAACGCCAGUGGGAAUUCUGCCUGUAUAAAACUGAAGGAUGGAGCAAUAUAUUACAAUGUUAGGCAAAAGGAACAGUUUCUAACACAUUACAGAAUACAUUAAAAACAAACAAAAAACAACCUGCUGUUGGGGACAAUCAUGGGUACUUCUAGGAUGCAGAGUUCUGGAUUUAUAUGUCUAAAUUAUCAGAGUUCUGCAGAGUUUUAGCGGUACAACUCUUUCAAAAAUCAAAGGAGCCAUGCUGAUAAGCUGAAACAUGGAGGGAUUAGUGUUCAAAGAAUCUGAGCAUUGAAUACAUAGCCUAUUGCUUUAAGAUCACUGUAAAUAUCAAAUUAAAUAUGUACUAAUUCAUGUUUAUAUGUUAUUACUGUGUUAGUUUCAUAGAUACAGUAGCAUGACUAUUAUUAGUUUUAUGGAGUUUAAUGAAAUUUACUUUGUAUUCCUCUGUGAAUGCUCUGAAUGCUGCAAACAAAAAAAGCACAACAGUAUUUUUUCAAGUUCUCUUGGGGCAAUAGCAGUGUCUUCACUAUUGUUCAGUUUUACAGAUUUAGCAACAUUUCAUCAUUCAUUGCUCUAUUAAUAACGUAUCUUUCUUUAAAAGUACUGUCACUAGAAGGUAAAAGCAUAUGUGAUAAGUCUUGUCUAAUCUCGUUCAUCUGCCUUUACAAAAUGCCCCAGACAUUUUGUGGGAGAAUAUGCUGCUUUUGCUUCAUGCAUUGUUUGUAUUCGGGGGUGGGGCAGGGGAAUAAUAGGGCAUUUUGCAAUGGUAAUUGCAUCAAACAUGGAUUUUUUUUUCAUUAUUAUUGUAUUUGUUAGAAACAUUUUGAUUUAGUUUCUUUCUGUAGAUAAAAUUUUAACAAUAGAUUUAUUUUUUCAACUAACCAUUUGAUUUCAUUAGACUAAUAACUUCUCACAUUUAGUGGUAUUCGUAUCAAUGUUUCCAUAUCCGCUGCAUUUUAAAUUCAUAAAAAAGGAAAUGUGAUUAUUAUUUUUGUCAUACUAGAUUUUGCUGAUCAACUAAGUAUUUCUGCACCAAUCUACAUAUUAAUAUGCAUGUUGUAGUCUGUACAAUUGUUCAACAUCAAAAUAUCUGUUUAAUUUAUGUCAAAUGUCUUUAAAAUAAAUGCAUUGUUCUCCAUUUCAGUCUGAUAGAAUAAGCAGGAUAGUAAAUAAAUGUGUAAAUGAA